AUGGAUGGGAACCAAAUUUCCACCGUCAUUCAUUCGUCGUGCAACCGCAGGGAUCUACACAUCGUCAUUACCGGUUCUGUGAAAUCAAAUGGUCGUUAUCUCUGUAAAACCUGUCUUCAUCCUCCUCCUCGUCUCGCUCUCACUCUUCUUCCUUUUCGCGCUGCUUUCGCCUCCUUCCCUUUUCUCCCAAAAUCUUAUUUCUGGGGAACCCUCACUGUAUGUUGCUCACAAUUUCAAUACCCUUUUUCUUUAUGCCUAUGCCUUGAAUCCGCUAUAAAGCUUUCAACUUGGCAGCUGGGCACCUUCAAAUUUUGGACUAAUGGGGAGGUGGAUAUAUGGAAUGUUCGGAGACUCGUGGAGUGGAGACCUUGCAAUUGGUGGCUACAAGGCCAUCAAACAGCUCUACCAUUGGAAACCAACGGAUAUAUCAGAGUGGAUUGCUAUGGGGGCCUCAAUCAGAUGCGAAGAGAUUUCUGUGACGGUGUGGGCAUUGCUCGUCUGUUAAAUGCAACCCUCGUCCUGCCAAAGUUUGAAGUGGCGUCAUAUUGGAAUGAAACAAGCGGUUUUGCAGAUGUAUAUGAUGUAGACUAUUUUAUAGAGCAUAUGAAUGGCUUUGUCAAAGUUGUGAAAGAGUUACCACCAGAGGUUGCAUCAAAAGAACCUGUUCAUGUGGACUGUAGCAAACGGAAAGGGCAAUUUGAUUACGUUGAAAGUGUUCUUCCAUCUUUGUUAAAACACAAGUACAUUUCAAUCACACCAGCAAUGUCUCAAAGAAGGGACAGAUACCCUUUGUAUGCAAAAGCUGCUCUCUGUCAAGCAUGUUACAAAGCAUUGCGUCUUUCCAGAUCCUUGGAAGUGAAAGCCUCUCAGCUUCUAGAUGCAAUACCUAAACCCUUUUUGUCUCUUCAUCUUCGUUUUGAGCCGGACAUGGUUGCAUACAGCCAGUGUGAGUAUCGGGGCCUUUCUCCGGCUUCCAUGAAAGCCAUAGAGGCAGCACAAGUGGACAGGAAACCAUGGACGGGAGACUUGGCCCGCAUGUGGAGACUACGUGGGAAAUGUCCACUUACCCCUAAUGAGACGGCUUUAAUACUUGAAUCUCUUUCCAUCCCGCCAACUACAAAUAUAUACCUAGCAGCUGGAGAUGGUUUAAUGGAAAUUGAAGGAUUUACAGAAACCUAUACUAACAUAGUUACUAAGUCAAGUCUUCUUAGUAGAGAAGACUUCACAAACAUGCAUGGCAAUACAAAAGCUGCUUUGGAUUAUUAUGUAUCUAUUAACAGUGAUUCUUACGUAGCUACAUAUUUUGGGAACAUGGAUAAGAUGGUUGCAGCAAUGAGAGCUUUCAAAGGUUUGUACAAGACUCUAUUUUUGAGCAGAAGAGAUUUUUCAGAAUUAACCUCAAAGGGUCUCAGGGGAAAGGAGUUGAUGGAAGCACUCUGGAAGGUUCACAGAGAUGAUUUUGCUCUAGGAAGAGGAUCUGCUCUACCCGAGUGUUUUUGCGAAUUCAAGUUGUGA